AUGUCCAUCUCCUACUACAUCUCAUUUGCCAUAUCUACAAUCCUCGGUGGCUUGGCCGUCAUUUGCCUGUUCCAAUUUUGGAGCUUCGUCCUAUGGCUGGGCAAGAAAUCCCUUGAUAUCAUUCCCACCCGCUAUCAACCCGCUGAGAACCCAAAGGAUGAGCACAUCCAGAUUCUAGUCGUGGGCGAUAUUGGGAGAAGCCCACGCAUGCAAUACCAUGCUCUCAGCGUUGCCAAGCAUGGAAAGAAAGUCGACAUUAUCGGAUACAAGGAGACGGCCAGACAUCCCGACCUCAUCGGCAAUCCCAACGUCACUGUCUAUCCUCUCGCUCCUCAGCCAGAAUGGAUUGCCUGGGGAACGCUGCCUUUUUUCCUCAACAUCCCCAGCAAGGUCAUUCAGCAGUUCUGGACGCUAUUCAUAACGCUCAUGUACACUGCUCCCCCGGCUCAGUGGAUCAUCAUUCAGAAUCCCCCUUCCAUCCCUACGUUUCACGUAGCUCUUUUUGUUUCAUGGGUUCGUGGUAGCAAAGUCAUCGUCGACUGGCACAAUUAUGGCCACACCAUCCUGGCUCAAAAGUCUCUACUCCGCCCUCUUGUACCUUUUUAUAGAUUUUACGAGAUCAAUCUGGGGCGACAUUUGGGAGAUGCAAAUCUCGCAGUCACAGAUGCCAUGACGAAGCAGCUUCAAGCUGGAGGUCGAUUUAAUCUCAAGAACCCCGUCCACACGCUUCACGACCGGCCAGCCAAGAUCUUUCAGCCCAUCACCUCCCCCAAAGCCCGAUUGGAGUUUCUCUCGCGCCUGGCAGAGACGAAAAGCCAUGCCAAGAACAUCGUCGACGGCUCUCUUCGCCUAAUUGUAAGCAGCACCUCCUGGACAGCAGAUGAAGACUUUGGCAUGCUCCUAGAUGCUUUGGUCGCCUACGCCACGCCAGCCUCGGACCAGGACGACAUUCCCCCCAUCCUGGCAAUCAUCACUGGAAAGGGUCCGCAGAGAGAAGCCUACCUCGAAAAGAUUAAGGAGCUCCAAAACGGCGGUAAACUUCCCGGCAUUCGGGUUCUCAGCGCCUGGCUUUCUAAUCGAGACUAUGCUUCGCUCCUCGCCUCGGCCGAUCUCGGCAUCUCUCUCCACAAAUCCAGCUCUGGAGUCGACUUGCCGAUGAAGGUGGUGGACAUGUUUGGAGCGGGCCUUCCCGUGGCCGCCUAUGCUGGGUUUGAGAGCAUUGGCGAGCUAGUCAAGGAAGGGCAUAAUGGAUGUGGCUUCGAGACAGUACCGCAGCUCACUGAGAUUUUGAAGCGGCUGCUGAGCUUGGAGGGCGCACAGGAGCUGGCCCAUUUAAAGAAAGGUGCCAUUGAGGAAGGCUCACGGCGCUGGGACGAAGAAUGGGACAGCGUUGUUGGGCCAUUGAUUGGGGUAGCUAACAAGUCAUAG